CACAACAAUAAGCAGGCAUCAUAUAUCUCUUUGCUAUUUGGUGCUGUAGGUACUGUGAUAUCGAUCACCAUCAUUUCGUUUGGUGCUAUACACAUUUUCAAAAGAAUGAAUGUCGGUUCUCUUGACCUCGGAUAUUUUCUUGGUUUCUCACUUUCUUGAGCCGGUUAAAGCUAGGUUCACAAGAUCACAAUUUAUUUAGAGACGCUAAACAUCUCUGAUGGUACAUUGGUGGUUGCUAUAUAGAUGCAUUUAAGGGUCUAUGUAAUCGUUCAGCUAAUAGAGCUUGAACUCGAGCUUCCAUGUUUCAUACUCAAAGCACAAGUGUGGCUUGUGAGAAUUUUUUAUAGCUUGACUUGGGCUUAGCGUGUGUAUUAUUUAUUAUAUUUAUCUAAGUAUGUUAUUUAUAUACACAUUUAAUUAUCUUAUAUAUAACAGGAUUCAUAUUAUUUGUUUAUUUUUGUCAUGAUAAUAUAUACUUAUUUUUAUUAUGUAAGAUAUGUAUAAUUGUUAUAUGAAAUAAAAAUUUUACUGUUUAUGUAAAUUUCUCAUAUAGGCUUGCAUUAGUCAAGCUCGGUAUAUGAAACUCGGGUUCGUUUAUUAAAUGGGCUAUUUUUUCAAACUCAAGCUUCGGCUCGGGGGGGUUACGGACAUUAUAUGGGUGUUAUCUUUUUUUGGUUCACAGGCUGCUGAAUAGGUUGGUUUGUUUUUGUUGUAGGUAUGUAAAAAGUUACCAGAAAAGAGAGAAGUUGGAGCACAGGGCCGUCCGUUAUCAAUAAUUGAAUGCUCCACAGUGACGAUUAGGUUCCGAUUACCAUCAUCUCAGCAGUGUUUAACGUUUGUUGGAGUUGACAACUAGGCUGAUCAACCAAAGUUGUUCUCUUUACAAUAUAUAGAUUAUAGAGAACCAUGGCUGAUGAUCUUAAACUUCAUAUCAAGCAACUAUUCAGCCUCUGCCUCUCUGCAAAACGUGCUGAAUCUAGAACAGAGAUAUUGGAUAUCGUUAGAAGGAUAGCUAAAUCCUAUGCUGGUCUAAUGACAUACCUCAGAAACAUGAUGUUAGGCUAUGAAAAUAAGGAAGUUCAGGAUUUAUUGACAAAUUUGGAAUCAAUGGUGUAUAGCAAACAGGUUUUUUUCCAUGAUGAAUUAAAAAUGAAUACAAUACUAGUGAACUGUGAACAACUCUAUGACAUAAGAUACAGCUCAAAUGUAGAGGAAGAGGCUAUUGCAGGAUUUGAUGCUGAAGCAGAAACACUACUGGAUCAACUUACUGGAACUUCUACAAAGAAGUUACAGAUCAUCUCAAUUGCAGGAAUGGCUGGGCUUGGCAAGACGACUUUGGCUAGAAAGUUAUUCAGGGAUCCACUAAUCGAGUAUAUGUUUGACAUUCGAGCGUGGACUUGUGUUUCUCAAGUAUAUCUCAAGAAGGACUUAUUGCUUGGCAUAUUAAGCUCUUUCACUAAUAAUCUUACUGAUGAGAUAUACAAAAUGAAUGAGGAACAGUUGGGAGAAAAGCUGUACAGACGUUUAAAAGAUCGUAAAUAUUUAGUGGUCUUGGAUGAUAUCUGGGAUUGUAAAGCCUGGAAUGAUAUCAGAAUGUAUUUUCCGGAUGACAAAACUGGAAGCCGGGUGCUAUUUACUAGUCGUGACAUAGACAUCAGUUUACAUGUACAGGCUGCAAGAUCAGCUCAUGUUUUGCGUCUUCGUACUCAAGAUGAAAGCUGGGAUAUAUUUAUGAAGAAGGUAUUUAGAACCGGAAUAUGUCCUAGUGACCUGGAGGAACAAGGAAAGGUGAUAACACAAAAAUGUGAAGGUUUGCCUCUUGCUAUUGUUAUAGCUGCAGGUCUUCUGAAAAAUAACUGGUCAAUUGAGUGGUGGACCCAAAUUGCAACGAGUCUAAGUUCGUUUAUGGUCAGUGACCCAAGCCAAUACAUGGACUCACUUGCUUUCAGCUACAACCAUUUGCCUCCUCACUUAAGACCAUGUUUUCUUUAUUUAGCAGCAUUUCCCGAGGACUAUGAAAUCCCCGUGUCAAAGCUGAUUCGGCUAUGGAUUGCUCAAGGAUUUAUACAUCAAACUGGAAGCAGAAUCUUGGAAGAUGUUGCAGAGGAUAUCUUGAUGGAUUUAAUCAAGAGAAGUCUGGUGAUGACUCCCACAAUAAGGGCUAAUGGACAGGUUAAAACAUGCCGCAUCCAUGACAUAUUGCGUGAUUUUUGUUUGAGAAAAGCCAAAGAAGAAAGCUUUCUGCCAAACAUUUAUACGUAUGACAAGAUCUCGUCAAUGCUUUCUUAUCCAUCAGAGCUAGGAAAACUUCUUUUGGAGGGAAGAUCCAUUCAUAUCGAGACAUAUAAAGCUCUGAAGAUUCUGGAUGUAGUCUCUAUCCCUAUCUCCUCAUUUCCUUGUGAGGCAGUCCAACUUAUCAAUCUGAGAUACCUGGCCAUUCAAGCACGUGAAGGAAGUCCCCUAGCAUCAAUAUCGAACCUUGUCUACCUACAAACGCUCGUAAUAUUGUCAAGGAAGAAUGUUAUGAUACCGAAAUCCAUAUGGAAUAUGGUAAAUCUGAGGCAUUUAUAUAUCAAAUCACGGGAAAAUCUUAUUGAGCAGCCAUGUUUUGCCCAACUGAACGAGAAGGAUGGUUGUCCGAGGGUACUGGCUAGCUUGCAAACCUUAUCCCAUGUAAGUCCUCGAUCUUUCACAAAUAUAUCUUUGAGGACUCCCAAUCUAAGGAAGCUUGGGUUUUGUGGACCCUUAAUAUCAAGGCUUGGUGAUCUUGAAUUCCCAAGUAUAGUAUCUUUGCAGCAUCUUCAAAAGUUGAAGUUAUUAAACACGAUUGUGUUUCCCGAAGCAACACGAUCAUGUAAUCCUCUUAUGUUUCCUGAAAAGCUUAAGAAAGUAACACUAUCAAAUACUGGAAUGGACUGGGAGGAGAUGUGGACCUUUGCUUGGCUGCCUAACCUCGAGGUUUUAAAAUUAAAAUUUCACGCUUGCAUAGGAGAGAGGUGGGAAACUGGGGAUGCAGAAUUUCGGCGACUUAAGUUCUUGAAAUUGCAGGAUCUUGACAUUAGGGAAUGGGUCAGUUCGAGUGAUAACUUCCCUAGACUACAACGAUUAAUCGUUCAUCGCUGUCUAAAACUCGAUAGUAUCCCAUCAGAUUUAGGAAAGAUUUUGACAUUGGAUGUGAUUGAAGUCGGUGGAUGCAGUAGUUCUGCGCACGAGUCUGCAUUGAAAAUUCAGAGAGAGCAAGAGAGUGUUGGAAACAGUUUCUUAAAAGUCCACACGAAACCAGAAAUAUAAAUUUAGAAAGGAACGCUUCUAAUGAGCUGGUUUGUGCAUAUCCACCUCAUCUCAGCACCUUCUCUCAUGCGGUCACAGAAAAACCGAAGAAGAUUAUGUAGCUCAGUUAUUUUGAUGUUUAUAGGCAAGGGCGUAGCUUUCAAGGGGCCGGGAGGGGCGUCCGACCCCCCGAACUUUUCGCUCAGUAGUGUUAUGUAUGUACGUUUCGUGUAGAAUUUUUUAGGUAUAUACGUUUUCGACCCCCCGGUUUUAUAAAAAAAAGUUUACUAUAUAGAAUUUUUAGGUUCGGUGAUUUUCGACCCCCCGGUGGAAAUUUUCAAGCUUCGCCACUGUUUAUAGGGCUUUUCGUUUUCGACCAUGUUUGAGUCCUAACUUACGUGGUUUUAUAUUGUAAAUUGUAUUUCGAAUAUGUACUACAUGUAUUAUGUAUGUAAAUCCUUUUAUAAUUCUUUUGCUACGUGUUCAAUAA